GUUUGUGGGCCUCUGUCGGAGGAGAGAGCACAUGAAGACAAAGCAAAACCUCAGUGUGGCCUCCAUGUAGGAAGUCAUUGUCCUGAUUCCCUGCGACUCGGGAAAGGAGAGGGUGGGCCUUUCUCAUUUCCAGGUCCUUCUGCCAGCGAUUGUGGUGGGCUUAGAUAGAAGGGCUGAGCCAAGGCCUUGGAAGGCACCUUCUCAAAAUGCAGACUUGAUUCCUCAGCAUCUCGUCCCCUGAGAAAAGAACCCAGAGGAGGAGCAGAACCAGGACGACAUGGCAGCCUCUCAGCCAUCCUUGACCUUCAAGGACGUGUCAGUAGAUUUCUCUGGGGAGGAGUGGGAGUGCCUGGACUCAGCUCAGCGGAAAUUGUACUUGGACGUGAUGGUGGAGAACUACAGGAACCUGGUCUCCCUGGGUCUUGUUGUCUCAUACCCGGUCCUGAUCAGCCUUCUGGAGCAAAUGAAGGAGCCUGGGGAUGUGCACAGAAAAAAGUCAAUGUCCGCCCGCCCAGGUAGGUGGGAUUUGGGAAGCAGGUGA